AUGCAUGACACCAAAGUUCUAUCGUUUGAGCUAAAUGGAAUGGAAAUCAAAACCACCAUUACAGAUCAAAAGAAAGUGAUUGACGAACAUAUAUCGUCUUUCUUACGCCCUACAGACAAUCAUGGAACCAAGGUGAUCGGAUUUGAUACUGAGUGGCGUAAAAUUAUCGAUAAGGAUCAAGAUGGAACCAAUUCCCGGACCAAACCGGGAACUAUUCAACUUUGUGAUGGACAUUCGUGUCUUAUUAUUGAGUUACAUUAUUGCUUUCGGGAUUAUAAUCUUCCCCUUUCACUGCUUAAUUUUCUUCGUCAACCAAAUUAUACCUUCGUGGGCUGCGGAAUUAAAGACAAUUUUAUUAACUUGGAGAAGCAUCAUGGGAUUGGAAGCAGAAAUGCAGUUGAACUUGGACCAUUGGCUGCUAAACUUAUGAAAAUGCCUCGUUUAAGCUAUUGCGGCGUUGAUGAACUUGCAUUUGUGGUCAAUAAACUUGAUCUUCGCAAGUACCGGCCUUCUGACCUUGAUUUUGAUUGGCAAUUUAUUUGCAGUGAUGAAGAACUUGCUAGACUUGCUACUGUUAAUGUUUAUUCUUAUCACAAAAUUGGUAGCACGUUGCUUGAAAGUAAUAUGUAUUGA